UUGAGUUGGGGAGACCUCCAGACUGAGCAGCAGACAGCUUGAGGAAUUCAAACCUUUAGAAACUCCCAGUCUUAGAAUGGAGCCUAGGUUAUCUGUUAAGGUGAGUGCAUUUGCACUUUGAAUGUUUGUUUCUUUGGGGCUACAAGCAAGACAACUUGUCCUAAGUGACCUUUGGACCUUGUGGUGCUCAUUGGCCAAGGAUUGGAGUGAGCCCUACCUUCAUUGUUCUCUGAGCCAGUCAGAGAAAAGCUAGUGAGAAGGAACCUAGUGAUCUGUGUCAACCACUCUACGACAGGCCAGCUUUAUGCAGGCAGCAUGAACAGAGCAUGGGCCAUAUUCAGAUCCUACCCUUACAUGAGCAAUGUGGUGGGCUACACAACCCUGUUUGCCAGCGCAGACUUCAUUCAGCAAAGCAUGCUGGGAGGUGCACAGGGCAGAAACGUUCAGCUGAGUGAGGAAGCUUCUGAACAGCAGGCAUCAGUCACACACAGGGAGGACAUCACAGUGGCUGGGCAAUCAGAGAAAGCUCACCUCAAAGAGUCUGAAAGCUGCAAGAACACUUCAGGGGAAAAGCACUCCUCAGUAAAAGAGAAAAGCAUUCACAGCAUUGACUGGGCCCAGACUGCUCGAGUAGCACUGGUUGGGUUAUGUUUCCAUUCUAACUUCAACUACCACUGGCUGCGUGCACUAGAGAGGAUGUUUCCUGGAGGAGGUACCAAAAGAAUAUCUGUAAAAGUGUUUCUGGAUCAACUCAUAGCUGCUCCUGUCACAAUAAGUGCUUUCUACAUAGGGCUGAGCACAUUAGAGAGGCAACAGGAUCCCUUUGAAGACUGGAAAAAGAAAUUCUGGACUUCCUAUAAGACUGGCAUCGUGUAUUGGUCCACAAUGCAGGCAGUGAAUUUCUCUCUGGUCCCCCCAGUGGCACGCACUGUGUUUGUUGGAGGAAUCUCCCUCGGCUGGACUGUUUUUCUCUGUCAUUUUAGACAACAGAGCAAUGAAUCAGUAGAGCCAGUAGAGCCACCUAAAAUCCAUUAAAUAAAUACA